UCUCGCUCAUCAGCACAUCGUCGUGCUCAAGGGGGACGCGACGCACAACCAGCGAUGGUGCACUGGACGGGCGAGAACAGCAGCGUGAUCUUGAUCCUGACGAAGUAUUACCACGCCGACAUGGGGAAGGUUCUGGAAAGUUCUCUGUGGCGGUCCUCGGACUUCGGGACGUCCUACACCAAGCUCACCCUGCAGCCCGGUGUCACCACGGUCAUCGACAACUUCUACAUUUGCCCCACGAACAAGAGAAAGGUCGUCCUGGUGAGCUCCUCACUCAGCGACAGGGACCAGAGCCUGUUCCUUAGCACGGACGAGGGGGCCACCUUCCAGAAGCAGCUCGUCCCCUUCUCCGUGGAAACUCUGAUUUUUCACCCCAAGGAGGAGGACAAGGUUUUGGCCUACAGCAAGGAGAGCACGCUCUACGUGUCAUCUGACCUGGGCAAGAGGUGGACAUUGCUCCGGGAGCGAGUGACCAAAGACCACGUGUUCUGGGCUGUGUCUGGGGUGGACACCGACCCCGACCUGGUCCACAUGGAAACCCAGGACCUCGGAGGAGGGUUUCGCUACGUCACCUGCCGGAUCCACAACUGCUCCGACAAGACGCUGACGGCUUUGUUCCCAGGCCACAUUGACCACAGUUCUCUGACCGUGCAGGACGACUACAUCUUCUUUAAGGCCACCGCAACAAACCGGACCAAAUAUUACGUCUCUUACCGUCGCAACGAGUUUGUCCCGAUGAAGCUUCCAAAGUACGCGCUGCCACAGGAUCUGCAGAUCAUCAGCACGGACGAGAGCCAGGUGUUUGUGGCGGUUCAGGAGUGGCACCAGACGGACACCUACAACCUGUACCAGUCGGACACGCGCGGCGUGCACUACUCGCUCGUCCUGGAGGACGUGCGCAGCUCCCGGCAGGCCGAGGACAGCGUGCUCAUCGACAUCCUCGAGGUCCGAGGGGUGAAAGGAGUCUUCCUGGCAAACCAAAAAACCAAUGGGAAGGUGGUGACACUUAUAACCUACAACAAGGGCCGCGACUGGGACCGCUUGAGGCCACCCAGCACGGACAUGAACGGAAAACCAACCAACUGUGAGCCUCCGGACUGCCACCUCCACCUGCACCUGCGAUGGGCAGACAACCCCUACGUGUCGGGCACCGUGCACACCAAAGACACUGCCCCCGGCCUCAUCAUGGGCGCAGGGGGCAGGGUCUCCAGGAAGCUCAGCAAUCAUGGCACAGCCCAGGGGGUGAACACGUGGCCCACAGUGGGCACGAGAUACGUGCUGCUGUGUGGGAAAAUGGAUAGAUGGAUGGAUGGAUGGAUGGCCAACUGA